AUGCUUGCAACGAACAAACCGGUAGCUGAUGUCGACUCCGGCCGCAAACUUGGGAGACUUCCUUCGAGUAUUGAUGGCAGUGCAGGCUGUGCUCCUGACACCCUCUUCACGUCCGGUUCCCUCGACCUCGCUUGCGGGCGUUUCAUUUGCCGUGACGCAUAUGAUGCUAUCCUGGGUUUGCCGUUUCUGAAGGACACGGCAUGCUGGUAGGCUGGGGCGUCUUCACCGUCGCACGGCCGGGCCCUUCGCAGCCGGUCGCCAAGGGCACUCACGAGUGGGAUCGCGCAGUCACGGUGCGCCCAUCUGCUCCGGCUCUGCAUUGGCUACGAUCACCCAGGGUUGCUUCCUGACGACGAGAUCAUUGGCCUCGAGCCGCACAACCCUCUACUGGAUGUCGUCGACGACCCGGCGCUCGAGGAUUUGUCUGAGUCCGAAGCACGAACACGAUUGGCUGCCUUACUCGAGAAAUACUCUGAUGUGUUCGUAGAUUCGCUCCCAAUGGACCGACUCCCGCCUUAUCGACCCGUCAAUCACGAAAUCCCUUUGAUCGACCCCAACGAGAAGGUCAAGCCGAGGGUCUAUCCCCUUGCCGACAAUAUCGUAGCCAGUGGCGGAGCAUUCAGCUAAGUACACUCGCGGUCGCUUCUGGGUUUCUGGUCCGAUCGACUCUGCGGCUCCGGUCUUCGCCAUUCCGAAAAGAACUCCCAGACCGCUCGCUUUGUGAUCGACCUCCGCGCUCGCAACAGCAACACCGCCAAGCGUUUUUCACCUAUCCCCGACAUGACCAGUGUUCGCUACGAAGUGGCACGUUCGCGCUACCGGUCCAAAUUCGACGUGGCCGCAGCGUUUGAGCAGGUGCGGGUCAUACCCGAGCACGUCGAUCGCACGGCUUCGCCACGGUCACGGGCACGUACACGUCGCGGGUGAUGCAGUUUGGGGACACCAAUGCGCCCAACACCCUGAACUUGUUGACAUCGGCGAUGUUUCAGCCGUGCCUCUCGUUUGCCAAGAUCUUUUUCGACGAUGUUCACGUCCAUUCGAUACUCGUCGCGCGCACUUAAGACACAUCGAGAUUUUGCUGAUGACACUGCGACAUUAUCGGUUCUACUUAGGAUCCAACAAAUCCGAGUGGUCUCAAAGUCGUUAGAUUCCUUGGGCGCGAUCAUCUCCGACGACCGGCAUCGAGGUCGACCCGGCCAAGUGGGAGCGUAUCCGACAGUGGCCGACUCCACACAACAAGACCGACGUUCAGCGUUUCCUCGGCACCGUGAAUUGGAUGCGAGAUCACCUGCCCCACCUCUCGAUCACCUUGGAGCCCAUCACCGCAUUAUUAGCGCAAUCGACGUCGUGGCGUUGGAACGAGCGCGAGCAGCAGGCCUUCGACACCGUCAAGUCCUCGUGCCAGCAACACUGCGACCGAUCGACGGCGCUAAGGUCACCUCCGGCGAGCACAAAAUCUACUUGUUCACCGAUGCCAGUCGUGUUGGCAUUGGCGCUUGCUGGCCUCGGGCCCCACUCGUUCGCAGGCCAUUCCUACGCGAUUCUUCUCCGCUAAGUUCAAUGGCGCUCAGCUCAUUAUCACGUCACUGAUAAGGAGUUCUUAGCCGUCGUUUCGGCGUGUCGGGCGUAUCGAGCAGCACUUGAUCGGUUACCCCUUCGUCAUCGUCACCGACCACCAAGCCCUUCGCACGAUUAAAACGCAGAAGUUACGCCAAACACCCCGGCACAUCCGCAUGUGUCUCGAACUCAGCCGUUUCGACUUCGAAUUCGAAUUCAUUGCGGGCAAGAACAACUCCCUUGCCGAUUCGUUGUCACGCUUGUGGGAAGUCAAGGAGGGAUCGCCCGAGGAUCAGGUCAAGGAGAAUGAGUUGGAGGAUAUGUUCUUUGAUGGAGAACGCCACGGAUUCACUACACACGGUGAGAGCCUCCCUGAGGAACGUCCUUACACCUCACCAUCUCCCGAUCGGUUGCCUCCUGUUGAUUUUGCCUUCGGGCCCCAACGCGACGAUUGCGAGGCAGGCUCUCCCGGAUACUACGCGCUCAAGGACGAAUCGCAAGACGAGGACGUGAAUGGACGGGAUUUAGGGAAUUUGUUCUUGAAGGAAGAAUGCCACGAGUUCACUACACCUGGUGAGAGCCUCCCUGAGGAACGUCCUUACACCUCACCUUCGCACGAUCGGUUGCCCCCUGUUGAUUGUGCCUUCGGGCCCUGGGAUCACGGCUACGACGCAGGCUCUCCCGGUUCCCAUCGUCUGGCCGAGAACAUUAUGGACGCCGUCGACUCUUCUACCGGUCCCCUUUCUCCUCCCAUCGCCGUCAAUCGAGUUCAUGCUAUCGCCGCGGCCCCCGCCAACGACGCGCCCAUUCCAGUCGAUGCCGACGCCGAUGAACUCGACUUACUGGGAGCCGCCGCCGAUGAGGUCAACGACGCCCCUGUAGUCCAUCGACCGCCCGACCCGCUGCCGCAACCUUUCCUCGACGCCGUCAUCCGAGCCUACGCCCACGAUUCGCAAGCCCAAGUCAUUGUUGACGACCCGCUGUCAUGGCCGAUGUUUCGGGUGACCGAGGAAGGGAGGAUCUUGCGUGUACAUCCAGAUGAGUCUCUUUCCCUGUUUGUGCCUCGCGGUCUCGCUACCGGCGUUGUCGACUCCGACAAGCUCCCAUCGCUGCGCGAGCUCGUGCUUUCGGAGAUCCAUCGGAGCGUCGGGCACGCGGACAUCGCAUCACCUUGGCCGCCAUACGUCCUUUGUAUUGGUGGUCGUCCAUGUCUGCCGAUUGCGCCAAGUUCUGCCAUUCAUGCGAAGAUUGUGCCCGAGGCAAAGCGUCCACUCAAGUCCCUUAUGGCCGACUGCAUCCGAUGCCGAUCCCUUCUGGCCCAUGGGAACAAGUGGCCAUCGACUUCAUGACGGGACUGCCUCCGGUCGAGUUCGAAGGGAUGAUGGUCGCUCAAAUCAUGGUGGUCACUGACACUUGGGGCAAGAUGGUCCACCUGAUUCCCCUCCCAGCCGACGCCGACUCCGAGCUCGUUGCCGACAGGUACUACGCCACCAUCUUUCGACUGCAUGGGACGCCUUCCGCCAUCGUUUCCGACCGUGAUCCCAAGUUCACCUCGCAGUUUUGGCGAGCAUUGCAGGCGAAGGUCGGCACCGUCUUGCGGAUGUCAACAGCGGCGCACCCAGAGACCGACGGAUCGAGUGAGAACCGAAUCAAGAUGGUCACCCAAACCCUGCGCAUCAUGGUGUCGUCAAACCACGAGGCUUGGGCAUCUCGUCUUGUUGAAGCUGAGUUCGCUCUUAACUCUUCCGUUGCUGUUUCCACGUCUCUGUCGGCUUUCGAGGCGACUUACGGUUACCUUCCUCGACGCUGGCCCACCGAUUCCUGGUCUGUCUCGGACGUCCCGCGUGCGGAAGCGUUUGCCCGAAUCCGACAGUUACGGAAUCUCGACGUCACGGAUGCGAUCAUUGGUGCACGCCUCGAUCAGACUCACCAGGCCAACAAGCAUCGACGCCCGGAUGAUCCCGCCUUUCGGACCGGCAGUUAUGUCUAUCUUUCGACCAAGAACCUGGCAGUUCCUGAAGGGAUGAAGUCGAAGUUGUUGCCGCGCUACAUUGGUCCUUUCCGUAUCCGAGCGGCCAUUCCAGCGACGUCCAGUUACGACCUCGAGCUUCCCCCAGCAAUGUCGCGAGUGCACAGUCGCUUCCAUGCUCGACUGCUUCGCCCCUAUGUUGAGAACGAUGCUGAGAGGUUCCCUGGGCGUGACCCCGCAGUUCUUUUUGUUGAAGAUGUAGCCGACGCGGCCGACAACUCCGCCAUUCCGGAACGGAUUGUUCGCGAUCGUCGGAACGCUCGGGGCAAUCGUUCGUUCUUGGUUCGAUGGAUUGGCCGUAAGGACAUCGAUGACACUUGGAUGUCAGAGCAGUCCCUCCGCUUCGACCAUCCAUCCCUACUCGACGCCUACCUGGCACAACUCGAUCGCUCAAAUCGCCGCCUGUCCUCCCGGUAG